ACUGACUUCCGGUUUGUGGAAGGAACCUGUACAAAUUGCUUGUGUCUUUCUUCUCUCGCUGUUCUAUCCGCUGCAACUAGUUCUGAACAUCACUUCAACCCCCCUUCUUGUGUUUUUCUCACCUUCAUAUACUUUUGAAUCAAAUCAAUUACAUCAUUAUGGUGGCAAAGAUAUUUAUCUGCUGCUGAAUUUGCUGGUAUGGGAAAUGGAGACAGAAUGUGGUGUCUAAAUAUUGUAUAGCAGUUGGUGGGGAAUAUGGAUGGUGAAUUGAAGUGGGUUACAAUUUACAAACUCUGAUUGUGAUUUGUGAAUGCUGGGUAUAAUUGGAUUAUAGACUUGAACUAUUUAUUGUUGGGAACGGGAUGAAAUUUAUGAUGUAUCUGUUACCAAAAUUAAGAUUACAUCAUCAUUUUUAUAGGCAAAUAUUAGUAGAUUAGUUAGGGCAAGGAGGAAAUGUGAGUAGCCAGGAUCAUAAGAUAGCUUUUUGGCCACAAAGGUGAAGAACAAGGAUUUGAAACUGAACGUUAAAUUCAAAAUUUGAGGAGAAGUUCGAUAAUGGAUAAAAGUAUGUUGAUAAUGAGUGGUGAAGAGGUUCAUUUCUUCUUUUCAAUGCUAAUGGAAAGAUGCAAGAAAGGGAAUUUUGAACUAAAGUAGAAGCUUGGGGUCUGAUAGCAGCUUGGAGCUUUUGAAGAGAAUCAACUCAAAACAUAUUUUCAUCAAUGUGCCAUGGUACUUCAGCAUGUUGUAUUCAAUGUUUAGUCCAUUUUUGACACAAAGGACUAAGAGCAAGUUUGUGAUCUCUAAGGAAGGAAAUGCUGCUGAGACACUCAACAAGUGAGUAUAUAAUAGUUGUUCCAUUUUGGUUUGCUUUUUUGUCAUUUAUUUUGAACCUUUUACAAGUCACAAAUACACUGAUCUAGAAUGUUUUAGUUGCCUGAGUUUCUCACAGUUUUUAUCUAUAUUAAGAUCCCUUUCUACUAUUGUUUAAGAUUUUGAAUUUUCUUCCUGGUUGCAUUUAUCCGUGCAGUUUGUUCAUUUUGAUUGUUUCUUGAAUCAUGUUUUGCCAAAUUCAUGUCAUUUUUAUUGUGUGUUUGGUGCAUUGUUUUAUUUUGACACUGAUAAUGUUGAAUUUGAUUCUGACAUCAAAUUGUGUAUCAGAUGAUUACUUAGUUGUGCCUGUGAACUUCCUCUUUCGCCUUACUUCACAGAUCUUUAGUUUUUUUUUUGGAGAUUUGGUGGUAGGGAAGAGUUAAUGACCAUUGAGGUUGUCUAUAAUGCAAAUCUCGAAAUCACCAAAAAGCCUGUACCUGACUUCAGUUUCUAUGAUCGUUCAUCUCCAAUUUACACUCAACCGCGAUGUUUGCCUCCGUCGAAGAUGCUUGAUGCUGAUAUCACUGAUAAGGUUAUCGGGGAAGGAUGUGUGAUUAAGAACUGCAAAAUCUUCCAUUCAGUGGUCGGGCUGCGGUCUUGCAUAUCAGAAGGUGCGAUUAUUGAAACGCUUUGUUGAUGGGCGCAGAUUGUUACGAGGUAAAAUGCAGUUUAAAACUACUUGCACUGAUCAUUAUUAUAGUUUUAUUUUAACAGCUAAUGUUUGAUUUAAGAAAGCAGUUGAAAUGCUUAGAUUCAACUCAAUUCAUUCAUUCCGCGUAGUUUGUUCCUCGAGAAGGAUGAGUUUAUUCACCAGAUUAAUAUGUGGGGAGAAGGCUUCAAAAGUAACGACAAUUUAAGUGCAUCUAUUCUCUUAAUUCAUGAGGCAGACUUGAAGUUUGGUAGUAGUCAGGUAAAUGUUUGCAGAGGUUUAUUUGUUUCAUUGGCAAAUGAGAAUGCAUAAUCUGCCUAUUAACCAAAUUGCAUUCAUGUUUUGUGGAAGAAAUUGAUACAAGUAAAAGCAACAGUAAUGCAUGAAGCACUUUCUUCUGUCUCAAAGUCAACGCAUAGUGUAGCUGAGAUUAAUGAGGAUCAAACUCCUAUGAAGAAGUAGGUUAAGGUAUUUGUGGCUGGUGGAGGGAUUGCUGGCUUGGUUUUUGCUUUGGCUGCUAAGAGGAAAGAGUUUGAGGUAGUGGUUUUUGAGAAGGAUUUGAUUGCUAUAAGAGGGGAGGGACAGUAUAGAGGUCCAAUUCAGAUACAAAUCAAUGCUUUGGCUGCUUUGGAAGCAAUAGAUAUGGAUGUUGCUGAAGAAGUUAUUGGAGUUGGUUGCAUCACAGGUGAUAGAAUCAAAGGGCUUGUGGACGGAGUUUCUGGGUCUUGACUUGCUGUUCAAGGCAUAGAUGCAUUUGGUGAAGUUCAUGCUAUGGGUUUGCGUGUCAGUCCCUGUUUAGAGGAUGAAUUUAUUCGUACGCAUCCGAAGAAAACAAUUGAUGAGUUAGUUUGUUUGGAUGAGGAAGGUGUUUUUGUUGUUGGUGGUAAAGUUGAGGGCUUGGUUGAAGGUGCUGAGUGGUGGUACUCUGCAUAUAGAUGCAAUAGGAGUGUUUUAGCUGCCUCCGGGUCAUAUUAUUGCAAUGGCUGUGUUAGGCAUUGCAAAGUUAAGGUCAAGGUUAGUGAUGGUGAAUGUAAAGUUAUAUUAGUUUUGUUUGACAACGAUGUGAGUUUCAUUGUUAAGAAGUCUUGUGCUAAACUUGUGGCUGAUGUGAAGGUUAGUUUCAAGAUCAAAUGUGUGUGCCAAGUAAAGUAGGGUAAUAGUAAAUUUAUGUGUAUGUUUAACACUUAUAUGUCAUGUUUAACAAUUUCAAAUGUGCAGGGUGAAAAUGCUGAUUUUUAUCCAUCUGAGCUGAAAAAUCUCAUUGGUCAAGAUGCUUUUUGUUGUUGAUCAUUCAUCCAAUGCAGUUUCCAGGUCUGAUGGAUCUUAUCGUGUUGGGAGGGUCUGUAUGGAUGCUAAAAUUAUUGAAGUGUUUGAGGAUGGGGAUGCAAAUUCUUCAAAUGUCAAGGUUGGACAGUGAAUAAGGAUGAUAAUGUUGUUGCUGGAGCGCAAUCAGGUGAAAUGUUGUCCAGGGUAACUGCUGAUCCUCAUGAUUUUGUUAAGGGUUCUGUUUUGUUGCCUAAGAUGGUGCCUGCAGAUUUGCUUGGUAAAAGGAAAUUGACUAAGGUUGGUUCAUGACAUAAUUGAGUUUUUUGGUUUAAAGCUGUCAUAUAUAGGUGUGAGAAAAAGUCUUUGGGGAAAAUAUGCAGCAGAGAUCAGAGACACAACAAGAAAAAGAACACAACAAGAAAAGGAAGAAGUGUUUGGCUUGGAACAUUUGACAGUGCUGAGGAUGCUGCUUUAGCUUACGAUCAAGCUGCAUUUUCAUUGAGAGGUAAUAAUGUUGUGCUCAAUUUUUCUGUUCAAAGGGUCAAAGGAUAUUUGCAAGAGAUUCAAUAUGAUUGCAGAGAAGAGUUUUCACAAGGAGAGACACUGUGAACAAAGAAAGAUGUUAUCCAAAGGUGUAAAUAGUAAAGCAGGGAAGCAACUUCUAAUAAUAUCUGAUAAUCAAAGUACAUGCAGCAACAGCUUUAGUGAGAUUACCUUCAACAAAUAAGCAUGUGAUUCCAUACAUUCGUGAUAAAAUUAAUCAUAUUUUCUAAUUUUAGAUUUUCGUUUUCGAUU